UUGGUGAUUUUUCAGAUAAAAACUCGCUUACGGGCUGUUGUUCUGAAUGACAAGGGUGCUGUCACAUAUCGCACAGUGGGGCCUGAUAGUCCGUGGGGUGCCAAGCACCCUCCUGCUCGAAUCAUUCCUAUUUGCGAUAAGCUGAAAAAACCAUCCCGAGAAACAAAGCGAAAAAUAGAAACCUUGGAGGAUUUUCGCCGUCGCCUGCAUACAUCUGAGGUUCCUGAGCGCAUGCCUUGUCGUGAAGAGGAAGCAGCCGAGGUCGAAAAAUUCAUUCGCAAUGCGAUAUCGCACAAAGGAACAAGCAGCGCUAUGUAUAUAAGUGGUGUUCCUGGAACAGGAAAAACUGCCACAGUAGUAUCGGUUGUUAAACAACUAAGUCAGAAUAAAUCAUGUCCUAAAUUUUCAUUCGUAUAUGUCAAUGCUAUGGAGUUUGUGGAGCCGAAAAAGAUCUUCGUUGCGAUUUACAAUCAGAUUACUGAAAACGAGAAACGCAUAUCCGCUGAAGCGGCCCGCAGGAAACUCAAUAGAAUGUUUGAAAUGUCCGAUAAACGACGUCCACCGAUUGUGAUUCUCGUCGAUGAGCUUGAUCAGCUAUGUACUAAAAAACAAGAGUUUAUAUACGACAUCUUCAACUGGACAACUAUAGAAUCAGCACGAGUGUCUGUAAUGGCUAUAGCAAACACUCUUGAUCUCCCUGAAAGGAUGUUAUGCCAGCGGAUUACUAGCCGUAUCGGUGCGGCGCGAAUUUGCUUCCAGCCGUAUGAGUUCCAGCAGAUAGAAUGUAUCAUUCGUGAUCGCCUCAAAGAGUCUGCCAACGCUAUUGACGAAGGCGCUGUACAGUUUGCCGCAAGAAAAGUUGCUGCUGUGACUGGUGAUCUUCGCAGAGCGAUGGAUUUGUUACGGCGUGCUAUCGAGAUCGCGGUUGAACAGGGUGCAAAGAAGCUGCUUGUUGAGCAUGUGCUGUCUGCAACUCGUGAGGCAUCUUCUACACUGCUUGUACACUUCGUGAAAGGGCUGUCCAAGCACGGUUUACUGCUAUUCCGUUCGGCGAUAGCUCUG